AUGGAAGAAGAUGACGAAUACGAAGGAACUUCACGACCUAGAACACGGCCCGCGGCGUUAAAUAGAGAUCGUGAAGGUGCACAUGAACGUUUGGUUGGUGACUAUUUUGUCCAAAACUGUGUUUACACUGACGAACAAUUUAGGCGUUGGUAUCGAAUGAGUCGCCGGUUGUUCUUGCGUAUUGCCAAUGAUUUGGUUAAUUAUGAUCAGUUUUUCACAUUACGCUACAAUGCUAGAGGACAAAGGGGUUUUACUACGCUUCAAAAAUGUACUUUGGCACUUCGUCAAUUAGCGUAUGGCACUUGUAGUGAUUCAUGGGAUGAAUAUGUAAGGAUGCCGCUAGAGUUAGUCGGGAUUGUUUGUUCAAACAAUGAUUUAAACGUUAUAGUAAAAUCUUUUAUUUUCGACAAGAUCAUUAGAGGUACGGGCCCGGAUUCUUCUUUCAUGCUAAAUGGUGUGUCAUACAAGCACGGAUAUUACUUAGCUCACGGUAUAUACCCACCCUAUACCGCUAUUGUUAAAACUAUUCCAUUAACUGAUGAUGAAAAAAGAAAAAAGUUUGCAAAGUGCCAAGAAGCGCAAGAAAAGAUGUUGAACGGUUGUAUGGAGUCAUAA